GCGAAAGCCCGAAAGGCAACAGCUGCUGCAGAAGCAUCUGCGGCAAGUUCGAAGGACGGGGUCACCUCGGGCGACGGCUUGUCAGACAUCCGAGAGCGGCUCCUGGCCAGCGAGUCCGAGUCUGACAACGAGGAGCAGGACUCUGGUUCAGAAGAGGAAGACAAAGAAAGAAGCCAUGGUAAGCCUGGUCAAGAAGAUCGGGCCCCCUUCAGCUGGUCCCAGUUUGCCAAAGAAGGGGAGGCUGCGCUCGGUCCGGUGCCUACCCGACAGCUGGAGCGGGCUGGGGGCGGCGACCGAAUACAGGCUGCUACAUUUGGAGGGCGCUACACGGACCAAGACCGCCUCCCAGGCUCUCGGCGGAUUGCUCGGAGGAAGGCCUUGGGCGUGCGGACGAAGAACCGGCUGGAUGCAGGUCGGAACUAUGCUUCGCCGGAUGACGACCUGCUGGUGUGA